AUGGCCUACCCAACCAAUGUGAAGGGACUACGGCGGUUUCUUGGCCUUGCCACGUACUUGCACAAGUACGCGGACAACUAUGCAGGCACGAUUACUAUUCUGUUGCACCUUCUGAAAAAGGAAGCUGCGUGGAGUUGGACUGCUGGUUGUCAGCAGGCGUUUGAUGCAGUCAUGUUGGGUUUGACGGAAGCGUUGAUCUCGGCCGUGACUGACCAAGAUCAUUAUGCUGUCAAGACCAUCGACGCCAAUCGGAUUGACGUCGCUCGGACAUAUACACCGUCGUCGGCCGCGUAUGCGCAUGACGCUAAUGCGAAGCGGCUGAUCGAGUUUCUCUUUACUCCUUCUGUCAAAGAACGUUGGAAGCUGACCCUUCGUCUAAGAGCGAAUGCACACCGAUAUCGUGUGCAUGACAGUUUACUGUUUACAGCGCUGUUGACGGCAAUGCGGACCGCAUUGUCGUGCCAAAUGAUCAUUACCUGCGCACCAGGAUCAUGUAUGAGUGUUAUGAAGUCCAUACAGCAAGACAUCCGGGACACUUAUACUGGAACACCAGUACAAAUUGAUACGCAAGAACGUAAGUACUUGCGAUAUAUGUCAGCGCAUGAAGUCUGCACCUCACUCACAGGAUCCUGUUCGAUCACCGCCGACUCUAUUCAAGUGUUCGAGUCCGUUUUGAUUACCUUUGUGUUUGAUUUUCUGCGCGACUCCAGACGGGAUACUGGUAUCGUGGUCUUUUUACCGCUUCAGCAAGAUAAAGCAUCGCGCUGCUGUCGCAGCGGAGAUGACCUCCGUACAAACGGCACGUCUUUUUCAUCGACAUGGUGUUCAAGCAUCAUGGCAUGCCCAGCGACUUUGUGUCGGAACGCGAUUCGCGCUUUACGGUGCGUUUCUGGUUAG